ACAAUCGAUAAAAACUUUAUCAGAGUAGUAAAAUAACCAAUAACAUUUAUUCCGUUGUAAUAAAACGAAAUGAAAUGCCUUUUGUAAAUACAUAUUGGAUUUUCUUUUCUGUAGCGAGCUAUGUGUCGGCGACUCAAGUGGAGAAAGUGUCUUACGACGGAGCCCAGGUGUGGCGGAUCGAGCUGAAGGGUGCCAACGAUGUUCUGAUGGUCAAGAGACUCGUCGAUAAUCAAGACAUCUCAAUAUGGAGCUUAUGUCCCACUCGAGCGGACUUCAUGGUGCAAGCUGAGGACAAAGUGAAGGUCCACCGUCAGCUCAGCGCUCGCAAUGUGAACCACACCGUGAUGAUACUGGACGUACAACGGAGGAUCGACACGCAACCCAUCGCGCCUACACUGUGGAGCGAGACUACUCUUCGAGUUGGUCAUCGGCUAAGCUGGAAGAAGUUUCCAUCAUUAAAUAUUAUUGAGGAAUAUUACAAUUUUCUGGCCGAUGAUUAUUCAUCCAUAUGCAAAGUUCAAGUUAUUGGGCAGACGGCUGAGAAUAGAACAAUAAAGAUGAUCAACAUAACAAAUGGCAACCCUAACAAUAAAGUAAUUCUAAUAACGGCAGGACAACACGCUCGUGAAUGGAUUUCAGUCACAUCUGCCCUUUACAUAGUCAACAUGAUAGUCACGAAGUUUGAUCAACAGUCUGAAGUGAUACAGAACAAGAAUUGGUUAAUUAUACCAGUUUUAAAUCCAGAUGGAUAUGAAUAUACGCACACGAAGGACCGGCUCUGGAGAAAAAAUCGUCGAAGAUUCAUGUACUGCUCAGGGGUCGACAUUAAUAGAAAUUUUGAAACAGAUUGGGGCAUCGCAGGCAUAACAGAAAACAAUGAGUGUAAAGGGACUUACGCGGGUCCUUAUCCCUUCUCAGAGGCUGAAAGUAUUGCUCUACGCAAUCUAGUAACACUAAAAAAACCUGACGCGAUGAUAGAUCUACAUGCCUAUGGGAACCUGAUCUUAUUUCCUUGGAGUGCAAGAACACACGCCACACAAGAUCUUCAGAUGCACCGGCAAACAGCUGAUGAGAUGAGCAAAGCAAUAUUUAAAACAACAAAACAAAACUACACAUACGGAGCGACCUACCACAUCAUCUACCCAGCGACAGGCACGCUUCUAGACUGGGCAUAUUACAAGGGGGUAAAACAUACUUACGUCAUCGAAACCAGGGACAAGGGCUCCUUAGGCUUUUUGAUAUCCCCAGCAGAAAUAGAAGACACGGGCAAAGAACUCUAUUCAGCUGUUAAAUAUUUGGCAAAAGCACUCAGUCCUCACAUGAAAGCUGAGAACGAGUCUGAAAAUCAAACGUGGUUCUAAUCCUACCUAUUUGCACUCUAUAGUACACGGUUUGAAAGAGUUCUUUUUCAUAAUAGUAAAAAUAAAUCAGAAAAUUAAUGUUUUUCUUUUAUUUAACCUGCAACAAAAUUGGAGACGAAGGCAAUGUCACCAGUAUGAAGUGAAAAAAUAUGAAGAGAAAUGCUCCUUUCAUCUCCCUAUUUAGGACUGUAACAAGAUAAAAUUGAGCUUAAUACUCAAAUAACAUUUAACGCUUGGACUGCUCAUAGACUAAUAUAACUAGGUAUUAUUGGAAUAUGCAGCUUAGAAUUUCACUUGGUCAGUGUGAAAAUGAGGUCAAUUAAACCACCUACGUGAUUUUACUGCAUAUAAAUUUAUCUCGGCUUAGCAACGCAAAACUCGUGUCUAGCCGGCUAAUCUAAUUACGAGUCUUAAGAGAAAACGCACUUAAGAUGCAAACUAGGGAAAUGUAGGUAAUGCAUGCCUACAAUAAACUUUCUUUAUUAUCUGCAUAAGUUAGCUGGUGUUAAACAGUCAAUAUUUUCCAUAAAGGCCCUUAAAUUGGUAGGUAGCGACACUACCAACAUGAAAUAUAAUAGAUAAACCUACUCAGAAUCUAUAUCAUAGCAAUUCGAAGAAUUAUCUCCGUUUUAUAUCUACAUAUUACCAGAUGAAGACUCUUAGGUGAAGAGUUGGUAAAACUAUAAAUAGAGUACGACUCCUAAAAAGACAUAAGGAGGCUUAAUUUUUAAUCUGGA